AUUUUUUUCAAAUCUGACUAAAACAAUUGCUAAAGAAUCCAUCACCUCACCCUUCACAGUUCACUGGAAAAAUUUAGAGAGACAGAGAGAGAGAAUGGGUAAGGGAGGGAUGUCUCAUGGUGGUGGUGGUGGUGGUGGUGAAGAAGAGAACAUGGCAGCUUGGCUAGUUAGUAUCAAUACCCUCAAAAUUCAGCCUUUCAAGCUCCCUCUACUGGGCCCCCAUGAUGUUAAAGUAAGGAUGAAAGCUGUAGGUAUUUGUGGAAGUGAUGUUCACUACCUCAGGACCUUAAGAUGUGCAGAUUUUAUUGUUAAGGAGCCAAUGGUAAUUGGGCACGAGUGUGCCGGGAUCAUAGAAGAAGUUGGGAGUGAUGUGAAAUCGCUGGCUCCGGGUGAUAGGGUGGCACUGGAGCCCGGCAUCAGUUGCUGGCGAUGCAGCCUUUGCAAAGAAGGCAGAUACAAUCUGUGCCCUGAGAUGAAGUUUUUCGCGACUCCUCCAGUUCAUGGUUCACUUGCCCAUCAGGUGGUGCAUCCUGCAGAUCUGUGUUUUAAACUGCCUGACAAUGUGAGCUUGGAGGAAGGGGCAAUGUGUGAGCCCCUGAGUGUUGGUGUCCACGCUUGUCGCCGUGCUAAUAUUGGACCCGAGACAAAUGUAUUGGUUAUGGGAGCAGGACCCAUUGGGCUUGUGACAUUGCUCGCAGCUCGUGCUUUUGGAGCUGCCAGAAUUGUGAUUGUGGAUGUGGAUGAUCAUCGUCUUUCUGUUGCAAAGGAUCUAGGUGCAGAUGGGAUUGUCAAAGUUUCAACAAAUAUACAGGAUGUAGCUGAAGAAGUGGAACAGAUCCGUAGAGCUAUGGGAGCUGCAGUGGAUGUGAGCUUCGAUUGUGCUGGCUUUAACAAAACCAUGACAACAGCUCUGAGUGUCACUAGUGCAGGCGGCAAAGUUUGCCUCGUGGGAAUGGGUCAUAGCGAGAUGACUGUCCCUCUCACUCCAGCUGCUGCGAGGGAGGUUGAUGUUAUAGGCAUUUUCCGCUACAAGAAUACAUGGCCGCUGUGCCUCGAGUUUCUGAAGAGUGGUAAGAUUGACGUGAAGCCCCUUAUAACCCAUAGGUUUGGUUUCUCUCAGAAGGAGGUGGAAGAAGCAUUUGAAACCAGCGCUCGUGGUGGUAAUGCCAUCAAGGUUAUGUUUAAUUUGUAGAGUUGGCUCUACAAUUUAAACAGAAGAUGAGAAUAGAAAAAAAUAAAAAAUAAAAUAAGUGAAAAACAGAAGAUGGGAUAGAAAAAUGGUGUAUGCUAUGUUUAAACAAAUAAAUGCUUGCUUAUGUAUCCAAUAUUCACAUCUGCUGACAUAGAAUUAUUAUAUUUUCUAUAUUUUUAAAUUUCAGUCCUUUUUAUUAUUAUUA